ACGCGGUGCCCGUCAUUGCCGCUCUGUGGCUCUUGCCGUAUUGUGCCCCGCUCGUGUGCCAGUGUGCUCGUGUGCCACCAGCCCACGCCGCGCCAGUGCUAGUGUGUGCAGUGUGUUGUGCCAAAGAGCACCAGUGUUCUAGUGGUGAUUGUCCACCCCGCUCACAGUGAACCAUGCCCAGUUCUGCUGUUGUCUUCUUGGGGUGCUUGAUGGUGGUGAUGAUGGAGGUGGCGGUGCCGGUGGCGGGAGAGGAGUGGCCCAUCCGUCCUUCCUACAACGAGGUGUACCACGCCGAGCCCAGCCUCACCACGCCCCCGAACCCUGAGUUUUCGGUGUCCCGGGCGAGGAACAUGAGCCAGACGACCGACCUGCGGGAGUUCCUUAUGCGGUUCGUGCAGGAUGAGAGGAUCUGCUCCGACCCGACCCUGCGUCACAUCAUCCUGGCCGAGGAUGAUGGCGACGAGCGAGCCAAGAUGUGGUGGAGCCGGCGGUGCGGGGGGCGGAGGGGGCAGCGGCCUCGCCCGUCUUCCAACCAGUCAGAAAGUACGUUGAUCAGAUACCGUCGCAAAAGUUCAAACCGUGACAAUCCUCAGAACUCACUGGACCGUUCUCAAGUGCGAAGUGCCAAGUGGCAGAAACUCCAUAAGCUAAUGAUGGACAAAAGGAUCAAGUGCAAACCCAAGAAGGCCGCGGUGCCGCUCCCAAACCCGAACCCCUACCACACCCAGCUGAAACCCGAGUGUGUGUACAUCAAGCAAUGCAGCGGCUGCUGCAACUCCCCGAAGCUGGAGUGUGUCCCCGUCAGGACCAGGACCAAGACCUUCCCUGCGAUGGCAAUCACUCCCACGGCCAAGGGUCAUCGCUUCCUUAAGGACGAGAAGAUCACAAUGGUGAAGGUGGAGGAACACAAGCAAUGUCAGUGCGAGUGUAAGGUGAGGGCUGAACACUGCUCGCCCAGCCAGGAGUACAACGAAGACGCGUGCAAGUGCCAGUGUCCCAGGCACCUGGACCGCUCCUGCCCGCCGAGGAAGGUUUGGAACGAGAAGGAGUGUCGGUGUGAGUGCAGGGACCUCCACACCUGUACCACCGGCCGCUACUUUGACGUCAACGCUUGCAGGUGCGCCGAGCCCAUGUACUACCUUAAGUAGUGGAUCAAGGGAGUCAGGGGCCCGCGACUCACGCACUGCUCACUGCCUGGCGACGGACGCGAAACGCGGCUUUGUUGUUCGGUGUGUGUUGCUCCUUCCUCUCCUCCUCCUCCUCCCCUCCGCGGCCAAUCAGAACGGAAGAGCAGUGCACACACACAGUGAAGGCUGCAAGUCAAGCAAUCUUGUUCCUGCAUUAGACCGGUAAUUCCUGACUGUAAUCCAGCUCCACGUUAUCGUCCUUGUCCUCGUCCUCAUGGUCCGCCGCCUCCCACCAGAGCGCGGACACUUGGACUCGGUGGCUUAGUGUCGUCGGCCUCGCUGCACCCCGGUCAUGGCUCGAUCUUGGUGCUGUGGUGUGUCUUGAGUCAAUGUUGACCUUCACACACCGACAAGACGAUGAAUGCAUUCCAAAUACUACAUACCUCGCCCCGUCCACCCCUCCACCACUCCUCCUCCCCUACCUACCCUCAUUAGCCCCACUCCUCCCUGGCCACACUGUUUGCUGGCCAUAGAUUACAUUGUACAUGUAUCCUAGCUCUCUUUAAAAUACUUAGGAAAGUACCUCGGCUGACGUGUAUUACAGUACAUUGCAUGCGUGUGUGUGUGUGUGUGUGUGUGUGUGUGUGUGCAUGUAUGUGUGUAAAGUGAUGCUUUGAGUCGUUUAUAAAGUUACAACUUGGAGGAAGGGCUGCGGCGCGGCGUGUAGGCGGCUGGCUCACCUCACGCACCGUCACAUCAAAGCCCCAUGCUUCUAUGUCCUGUGUGUCCUCCCUGCCCAAACCACUCGUGCUGUGCACUUACUUCUAUGUAUGGCAUUUCGCCUGUGUGUCCUGUGUGCCCUUCGUGCCCCCCGCCACCCAUGCCAUGCAGUUGUGUGUGUUACACCUCGCCUGUACCGCAAAUGACCUUCCCUGCCCUCAUGUAUGGCCAGUGGAUCCCGUGUGAGCCACACACACACACACACACACACACACACACACACACACACACACACACACACACACACGUCCACGGAGUGACGCAGUGCGGCGCGUCCCACCAGAAUGAGCUUCCUUGUCAUUACAUGUGUCGUUGUCCACUUUACAGAUGUUGAGGACUUGAAUCGCAUUCCAGACCACAGUGUUGGUGAUCCCGAGGACUGCACACGCCCGGCACCGUUGCUGGCCUCGGCCGCUGUGCCGGCGUGGAUCAUCAAGGGUUGGGGUCAGGCCGUGGCCAAGGCCUUGCUAGUUGUAGAGUCAAGCAGUAAAGCUUCAUUUCACGAGACACACUCCAUCGCUUACUGAUCGGAGUGGUGCUAGCUUUAGAUCAUCAUCUUUACUAUCACGUACUACACUGUUGUGCUCCUCGCGACUCACUCUUGCCUAGUAUAGCACACACUCCAGUAUACAGGAGUAUUCAUUAAAGGUUAUAUUAGUAUCAUGUAUUGCAGUAUCAUAUUCCUCUGAUCUGUGAUUGAUUAGGUUUUAGGUAUUGUAAAGUUGUAAGCCCGCGUGGCGGGAAAACAUGUAAAGUACAUUACUUGUAUGCGUGAGGCGUGGAGGCUCCGGGCCCGGCGCUGCGGCGGCCGUCAGGCUGUACCGUGUGUGGCCGGCGGGGCCAAGGUUUCACUUAUUUAUUGCUCCAUGUGUGUGUGUGUGUGUGUGUGUGUGUGUGUGUGUGUGUGUGUGUGUGUGUGUGUGUGUGUGAUAUGUUGAAAGUCUUCCAGUACGAGUGCUUAGUGUUAAAAGCAACGUAGCAUUAAGGAUUUAACUGUAUUUAUUCAGUGUGAUUUAUAUUCCCAGAGUGAAACUACUACUACGAUUACUACUGAUGUGUGUGUGUGUGUGUGUGUGUGUGUGUGUGUGUGUGUGUGUGUGUGUGUGUGUGUGUGUGUGUGUGUGUGUGUGUGUGUGAACCACCGAGCCACUGAUCGUUGCUAGUCAUUAGGAUUCCCUCAAGGCACUCACUGGUUUAAGGCAAAUAUUUGAUACUGAUGAAUAAAGAUGAACGAAAACA